UAAUUAAUAUAGACUAACUAAGGCUGUUGGCCAAAUACCGAUUGAUGUCGAAAGGCGCGUUGAUUGUUUACCGAUGAGAUUAAGCAGAUUGAGAGGAUUUCCGACUUCGCGUUUGUUCUCAUUAAGGCACCGACCUUAACAGUACGGAGCGUAAAUAAGUGAACACUGAACACUCCAAAGGAGUGAAACCAAGUCAUAAGUCCUUUGGCAACAUCGAUGGUUCGGUAAAAGAGUAAACGUGAUAUUUUUCCAAUCACCUGCUAUUAUCACCGCUUUUUUAUUGUUAAUUCCAAGUUUCAACCAUCGUUAAUCCUGCAUUGCACCCUCAUCUCUUCUACUAAAUGUAUAACCUGUCCGACUUCGUUAAAAAUGGAAAACAAUGAAGAAGAAAUGGAGGUUCAGGAAGCAGAGGAGCCAGUAAUCCUGGUUCCUGAUAAUCCUGUUAAUAGUCCUAUACGGGAAGAGGUACACAUAUCGGAACCAGAAGCAGACCAAGAAGUUCAGGUUAUUGAGCCUAGUGAACCAGUAAUCUUUCAAUCCGUACAAGGUGUAGAGAAUAUACCAAUUUUGCAAAAACCAAAAGCAAACAACAAUAACGAAGAGCUUCUCGAAACUGGAAACAAAAGAAAAGACCCAGGCUCGGAUGAGGAGGCAGAUCUAGACUCGGGCCAAUCAUGUCCGAUUUGCAUGGAUCUGUGGAACAACUCUGGAGAACAUCGUCUGUGUUCUCUACGCUGUGGACACCUGUUCGGGUACAGUUGUAUUCAGCGUUGGUUACAAACUGGAUGUAAUGCAGGGGCGCGUCGAUGUCCUCAGUGCAACCACAAGGCUACGGCUAAGGAUAUUCGCGUUUUGUAUGUUAAAAAGUUAUCAGCAGUUGAUACCAGUGAAACGGACAAACUGAAAGUAGAAUUAAGCAAAGUUACGGCAGAGAAAAGUCGGCUGCAGAUGGAGCUGGAAAGGUACAUAAUGCGCCAGAAGCUAUUCGACCAACAGCUGGCUGGUAUGAAGCAGCGCAUAUUAGAACUUGAAAGUCAGCAACAGCAAAUAGGAAAGGAAUAUCAAUCGAGCCUACAGCACUCAAGUUCGCAACCAAUAUUAAAGAAAUUUCAUCUCGAACGAUCGAUUGACAUUUGUAAAGAUGGCGGGUGCAGAGUUCUUGCCUAUAACGCGUGGUACCAGACCUUAGUAAUAUCACAAAAAUCCACAAAUGCCUUAUUUUCUGGGUAUGGAAUAAAAAAAAUUGAUUCCAGAGAAUUUCGAUCUCGACAAUUCGUCUUCCUGCAUUCUCAGGCCAUCAGGGACGUGUCGUUCAAUCCUUACAUAAACGAAAUACUCCUUAGUGUUGGAUUCGACAAGUGUGCAAAGUUGAUGGACAUCCACAACAAUACGGUGGUUCACAAUUAUCCGACGGAUUCUCAGCUGUGGAGCUGUUGUUGGGCCGGUAAUAAUCACAAUAUCUUUUUGGCUGGUGCCCAAGAUGGUUCUGUCCGACAAUUCGACAUUAGGCAAACGGCUGGUCCAAUCAGCAAAAUAGACGGACCAGGAGACAGAUCACCGGUCGUUGCUUUAGCGAAAGUUGCACCGGCUUACGACAGUGGAAUACCGGCUGGAGGGUUCAUAGCUUGUCGUCUGAAUAGUUGUUUCGCGUACGAAAGCAAAGACGCUGAGUAUGCCGGCAAGCAAAUGUUUCUUGAGGGGCCGUUUGUGUCAGUUUGCUACGAUUCAGAAAGCAAACACGCCGUAGUUUCCUCUCGACCAAACCCCAGGCAACCUCAGGCAAGGCAUACUGUUUGUACAAUCGAAAAAGGUAACGAGGAUAUAAUCGUUUGUAACAUCGUUCACACUUUCCAAGGUGGAAAUUCACAGAAAUUACUUUCUAGACCGUGUCAGAUAAAGACUGAAAAUGACACGCUUCUAGCCGCUCAUCAAGAAGCUACCAGUUCUAUACCAAUUUGGAGCAUAUCAUCUGGUAAACAGAUUUAUAAUCUUCCUGUUUCUGAUCCUGUGAUAGACUUCUGCGCCUUUAAUACUAAGAACAAUGACCUCUUCCUAGCAACGCUCUCUCAGAAGAAACUCAGGGCAUAUAAAUAUGGUAAUUGAUUAAGAUAAAUACAUAUAGACGUUGACGUCAGGUGUUAUUAGGGAAUACCGUAAUUUAAAAUCAUAAUCGAAUGUGUUUUAUUUACUAGUGAAAUAGAAAGUGAAAGAAACUUUGGUUAAAUUAUACAAUAUGUCAUAUACGUGUGUGUAAUUAAAUUUAUGUGAUACCGAUUAUUGUAGCGUAAGUAUUUUGUAUGGAAUAAACAAAUUUUCUUUAUAGAUUAGGCACGUUUUUUAAGAGAGCUAUAAGCAACGUUUUUAAAUAUUGACCGAAUCAUUUUUUUAUUUCCACUAAUUCAAAACUGUACACUAUUUAUA